GAAAGUGUAAUUAAAAUGGGGAGUUACAAAGUAUGUUACUGUUUUAUAAGAAAGUUUAAAGUAACCGAAGCUGAUCCACCAUCAGACGUCAAAGAAUUAUUUAAAAAAUAUUCCGGUGAUGGUGUCUAUAUGACGGUGGAUCAGCUUCGGCUUUUUCUAGAGGAAUAUAAUGGACAGGCUGUCUUGGUUUCGGAUGCUGAAAAGAUAGUUGAACAAAUACUUCAUAAAAGACAUCAUCAUCUUGCAAAGUUGAUUCAUAGAAGAUCUAUUAGUUUAGAGGAUUUUCAUCAUUUUUUGUUUUGUACCGAGCUUAAUCCGCCCAUUACAUCUCAAGUUCAUCAAGAUAUGAAUGCUCCUUUAUCACAUUACUUCAUAUACACGGGCCACAAUUCUUACUUGACCGGGAACCAGUUAAGUAGCAAUUGCAGCAUAGUUCCGAUCAUCAAAGCACUCAAACGAGGUGUAAGAGUCAUUGAACUUGAUCUAUGGCCAAAUCCAUCAAAAGAUAAUGUACAUGUACUUCAUGGAAGGACACUAACAAGCCCGGUAAAACUUAUUGAUUGCUUGAAAGCAAUCAAAGAGAAUGCUUUCAUAGCGUCGCCUUAUCCAGUCAUCAUAACACUAGAAGACCACCUUACUCCCGAUCUUCAAGAGAAAGUAGCCGAGAUGGUCACUGAAACAUUUGGAUCGAUGCUAUUUUACCCUGAAUCAGAAAAGUUUGAAGAACUCCCAACUCCUGAAAGCUUGAAGAAUCGGAUUUUAAUUUCAACCAAACCUCCAAAAGAGUACCUUGAAAUCAAAGAGGACAAGCGUACCAGCUCACAAAAGAACCAAGUUUCUGAUUUAGAUGAUGAUGCUUGGAGUGAGGACAAUAGUUUUAAGUCAGGAAGUGAUAGGAGUGAGAUUGAUGCUGAAAACGAAGAAUUGUUAAAGGCAAAGAAACCUCCUUCAUCUCCUGUUUACAAGCGGCUGAUUGCAAUUCAUGCAGGCAAACCCAAAGGUGGAUUAAAGGAUGCACUGAAAGUUGAGAAGGACAAAGUUAGGCGCCUAAGUUUGUCAGAGCAAGGGUUUGAAAAGGCUGUCGAAAAUCAUGGACAGGACGUAGUGAGGUUCACGCAGAAGAAUAUUCUUAGGAUUUAUCCCAAAGGGACUCGUAUUACCUCCUCCAACUACAAGCCACUAAACGGCUGGCUACAUGGAGCUCAAAUGGUUGCAUUUAAUAUGCAGGGUUAUGGUAAAUCACUUUGGUUAAUGCAUGGAAUGUUCAGAGCUAAUGGAGGUUGUGGUUAUGUUAAAAAACCGGAUUUUUUGAUGAGAUGUGGGCCGAAGAACGAGGUGUUCAACCCGAAAGCAAAGCUUACAACCAAGACAUCAUUAAAGGUGAAAAUCUACAUGGGAGAUGGAUGGCAUUUGGAUUUUAAGAAAACUCAUUUCGACAAAUACUCCCCUCCGGAUUUCUACACUAGGGUGGGUAUAGCUGGAACAUCUGUUGAUAAGAAAAUGAGAAAAACCAAGAUCAAGGAGGACAAUUGGACGCCUGUUUGGAAUGAAGAGUUCACAUUUCCAUUAGCAGUUCCUGAAUUAGCUUUACUUAGAGUUGAAGUACAUGAUUACAACAUGUCCGAAAAGGAUGAUUUUGCUGGUCAAAUUUGUCUUCCUGUUUCAGAGUUGAGGCCUGGAAUUCGUGCAAUCCCACUCUGUAACCGCAAAGGCGACCAAUAUGCAUCAGCAAGGUUACUCAUGAGAUUCGAGUUUGUAUAAAAUAUGUCUAAGCAAAUUCAUUUUCUAAGAUAUAUGUACACUUAGAUUAGAUUAGCUCAUUAUUUAUUUUUGAAGUCGGCUGGUUGGAUUGCAUGCUAUUCGUUGAGUCUAUAGUCAUCAUUUGUUCUAGGAUAGAGUUGUAAUCUUUCAAUUUUGCAAUAAAACCUCUGUAUAUAUGUUUGUGAAAGCAAAUUUUCCAUA